AAAGCCUUAAGGCUUAAGUAUUGGGGUGACGGCACAAAAUAGAAAACGAAUCUCUUUCCAAUAGAUUGAAUCACUAUCCAAACAUUUUUGCAUAUCUCUGAAGGCAAUGGAACACUGAACCAAUCAGGUCAAAUGGCACCAAGAUGGAAAGGAAAAGAUGCAAAAUCGAAAAAGGAUGCAGAGGCUGAGGCACUUAAAGAACCCAUGUCAAAGAUUGUAUCACAACUUCAGUCUUCCUUACUUCAAUCAGAUACUUGUGGAUUUCUUUCUGAUAACAGUGUAUGCUUAGCCGUGCAAGCUGAACAACUUGACCUGCUUGAUAAAGCAUGCUUUGGUCGACCUGUGAGAAAAGUUGAAAAGGACAUGUACUGGUUUCAAUUAACCUUGGAGGAAGCAUUCUACCUAUGUUAUUCCUUGAAAUGCCUCAAGAUUAAUGGUGGUGCUGAAUCUGGUCCUUCAAAUGAUGAUGAGUUGUGGCAUUACUUAAAGUCCAAGAAAGAAGCUUUCCCUUUUUACUACAAGGCUUAUUCUCACCUUCGAAUGAAAAACUGGGUUGUAAGGUCAGGGGCUCAGUAUGGUGUAGACUUCAUUGUUUAUCGCCAUCAUCCGGCUCGGGUGCAUUCUGAGUAUGGUGUACUUGUUCUAUCACGUGACAAUGAUGAUUCUGUAAAUGGAAGAUUGAGAGUAUGGUCUGACGUUCAAUGCACUACUCGACUUCUUGGAAGUGUCGCAAAAACUUUAUUAGUUUUGUAUGUUAAUAAAAAUGGUCACUGUGACGAGUCUCCAUUAUGUUUGGAAAACUAUGCUGUUGAAGAGCGCACAAUCUCUAGAUGGAGUCCAGAACAAUGUCGUGAAAGAUCCAUAUAGAUAUUUCAUGUUCCUCUUAGUACUACUUGGAAGGGUUUUGUCUGGUGAAUCGCCAAAUAUGUAGGUGGAUUAGGAUAAAUAAUCUUUAGUUGAUUAAAAUCAAUCUGUAACUUAUCAGGUACUAAAUACUUCAUAGCUAAUCCAUUGCAACUUUAUAGCUA